AUGCCGGGUGCCUAUUAUGCGGGGUUCUUCGGCGUGGGGUCCCUAUCCAGGAAGCUCGUCAACGAGGGAUCGUUUCCUGCAUGCAUCACGCGCGAAAUGGGACAUCUCAACAAGAAUACGCAAGGUGGCAAGCUUGAGAGGCUAUUAGAUGGGACCGGCCGCGUGCUAUUUCUCACCAGAAGGACAGCACAUGGUCUGAUUAAACACUGGAUUCAUGGCAGGGACCGGAAAGCUAUGUCCAUCAAGCAGCUAUGUCGUUUUCGUGUCAGCCUCAUUCAAGGAGUUUGCGGGGACGUCCCGCCGACGUCAAAAAGUUCGGAUAUUCUUGAUGCACAACCAAUGGGCUUGGAAAGCGGAGAGAUCUUGUCGGCCGGGGAUGAGGAGGCGCAGCGAUACAUGCGCGCAUCACCAAAUUCAUCGGCAGCAUUCGUCAAAAUCGUUCAAAAUCGUGUCUUGGUGUCUCUUGUCGUUCGUCUCAAGUAUGUGGCACUUGACGGCUGCGUCCCGGAGUGUCUCCUCUUGAGGCCCUUGAGAGCCUCCCCGAGCUCCACAGGCCUCGAUGUCGUCGCCGCUGUCGACAUGGUGCGGUCCGUUUCAUGGCUCCUGCAGCCCAGCUGUCGCCGCGGCGCCAGGACCUCAUCCCUGUUGCAUCGGGACCUUGCCUUCCCUUCCUGCACCGAGUUGCGCGCACGGACCAGUACUUCCCGGCCGAGAAUCACGGACGUCAACACAGACCUUUGUGGUCUGUAUCCAGAGGAUCCUUGCGUCGGGGACGCAGAUGCUGGAGUCGCGAAGGCUGCUUCCCAGCCUGGAGAUAGCGUUCUCAGGUUGCGCAGACGGGAGCCAACGAAGGUCCAUCCUCCCAUCUUGGUCCUGGAUGUGAUCUGGGCUUCAACCACCACAGACUGGUUGACCAAAGCUUAUAAAACUGUUCGGUAUCCCACCGGAAGAGAACGUCUUUUUGGAGCAUCAGACAAGGAUCUUAAGAACAAUAGCUUGGUUAUUCCCAAAGCCUCAAUACUUUCUUCGAAAACCUUCAGACCCUUCGUCUGUUAUCUUCACAUCAAAAUGGUUACCAUGCGCCUGACCCUUGCUCUCUUCGCCCAGGCGGCCAUCAUUACUGCCGUACCUCUCCAGCCUAUCCGAAUCAUCCAGAUCGAGGAGAGAGCUGCAGGUGAUCUUGACACCAUUGAGCGUGCUCUGGCUCCCGUCUCCGAAUCACUUGCCAACGUCGAUGCUGCAGUCCUCUCUUUGGAUGGAGGCCCAGUCACGGCAAACAACCUUCUCAUCUUCUCUCAGCAAGCCCAGGUGGCUACCGACCAGGCCACAGUCGACAUACAGUCUGCUGGUGACCUUAGUGCCUUCAGAGCUGCCAGGCUUCGCCGCACUACCGACGCUCUCAUCGAUCAGACGACUGUCACUGUGAACGACCUAGUCUCCCGCAAGCCUGUUCUUGACAACCUUGGCGUCAGUGGUGUUGCAUUGGAGUCCCUCCAGAGGCAGAAGAUUUCCAGCAUGGCAUUGACGGCUGCGCUUGAGGAAAAGGUUCCCAGAGUCGGGCAGAGAAUCGCAGCUGAGGGCAGGGCUCAGAUCGAGUCCGUGAUGGACCAGGCAAUCGCAAUCUACUCUGAGCCCGCCGUCGCUGCUGUCCCGGCUGUUGCUCCUCCUCCUGCUACGCCUGCCAACCCCAACGCCAUCCCUAUCGCAGUUCCUCCUGCCGCUGCUCCUCCUGCCGCUGCUGUUCCUGCACCCCCGGCCGCUGUCCCUGCUCCUCCUGCAGCUGCUCCGGCCCCUCCUGCUGCCGCGCCAGCAUGGCCCGAUCAAGCUCCUCAACCUCCUGCCGCCGCCGUCCCGGCUGCUGACCCCAACGGUGCUGUUCCUCAGGCUGGAACUCCUCCUCCCGUUGCGGCUCCUCAGCCGGCGCCCGCAGUCGCUGCUCCUCCCGCUGUUGCCCCCGCUCCUGCUCCUGCGGUCCCCGUCGCUACAGUUCCCCUGGUAGCUCCCGUCCCGCCUCCCCAGAUCACACCUGUUUCCGGCCGCAAGGCCCUCAAGGACAAGAAGAAGAAGGCGUCAAGAAUCAACGCGGUUGAGGUCGAGGGCGAGACUGCUGAGCAGAAUUGGAUUGAAUGGUUCGAUGCCAUUGACUGGGCAGAUGCUACCCUACUGCAAAACACGGCAUUGCAGAUCACAACAGCGCCAUACAUAAAACACACAAACAAUUUCAAUUGUGCAGCAGCAGAAGCAGCAGCGCGGCGCUAA